AGUUCGCGCCGCGCCUGGGCUCGGAGCGCAGCGGCGCCGGCUCCCGCAGCCGGAGAGGAGCCAGCCCCCGGAGCCCAGCGGCGCGCACUGCCUGCAGCCGCGUUGGCGAUGCGGGGCCGCCCCGCGCCCGCCCGAGUCCCGGCCCUGGCGCCCUCGGAAAGGGGCUGAGCUGCCCGCCGUCCGAAUGGGGAGCCUUGGCGCGCUCGCCCUCUGCCUGCUCCGGCUCCUGCUCCUGGGGCUGCAGCGGCCGCCGUUGCCCGGCGCCGGAGCGCAGAGCGCCGCAGGUGGCUGUUCUUUUGACGAACAUUACAGCAACUGCGGGUAUAGCGUGGCUCUGGGAACCAAUGGGUUUACCUGGGAGCAGAUUAACACGUGGGAGAAGCCAAUGCUGGACCCAGCUGUGCCCACAGGGUCCUUCAUGAUGGUGAAUAGCUCUGGAAGAGCUUCAGGCCAGAAAGCCCAUCUUCUUCUACCAACCUUGAAGGAGAAUGAUACCCACUGCAUUGACUUCCAUUACUACUUCUCCAGCCGAGAUCGCUCCAGUCCGGGAGCCUUGAAUGUCUACGUGAAGGUGAAUGGUGGUCCCCAAGGGAACCCUGUCUGGAACGUGUCUGGGGUCGUCACUGAGGGCUGGGUGAAGGCAGAACUUGCCAUCAGUACCUUCUGGCCUCAUUUCUACCAGGUGAUAUUUGAAUCCGUCUCUUUGAAAGGUCAUCCUGGUUACAUCGCUGUGGACGAAGUUCGAGUCCUUGCUCAUCCAUGCAGAAAAGCACCUCAUUUCCUGCGACUCCAAAAUGUUGAGGUGAAUGUGGGGCAGAACGCCACGUUUCAGUGCAUUGCCGGUGGGAAGUGGUCCCAGCAUGACAAACUUUGGCUCCAGCAAUGGAAUGGCAGAGACACGGCCCUCAUGGUCACCCGGGUGGUCAACCACAGGCGCUUCUCAGCCACAGUGAGUGUGGCAGACACCUCUCAACGCAGUGUCUCCAAGUAUCGCUGUGUGAUCCGCUCAGACGGUGGGUCUGGCGUAUCCAACUAUGCAGAGCUGAUCGUGAAAGAGCCUCCCACACCUAUUGCUCCCCCAGAACUACUGGCAGUGGGGGCCACCUACCUGUGGAUUAAACCAAACGCCAACUCUAUUAUUGGGGACGGCCCCAUCAUUCUGAAGGAGGUAGAAUACCGCACGACCACAGGCACUUGGGCUGAGACCCACAUCGUGGACUCUCCCAACUACAAGCUCUGGCAUCUGGACCCCGAUGUGGAGUACGAGAUCCGGGUGCUGCUCACACGACCAGGAGAGGGGGGCACAGGACCACCAGGACCUCCCCUCACUACCAGGACCAAGUGUGCCGAUCCUGUGCAUGGCCCUCAGAAUGUGGAGAUUGUGGACAUUCGGGCUCGACAGCUGACCCUGCAGUGGGAGCCCUUUGGCUAUGCAGUGACCCGCUGCCACAGCUACAACCUCACAGUGCAGUACCAGUACGUGUUCAACCAGCAGCAGUAUGAGGCCGAAGAGGUGAUCCAGACCUCAUCCCACUAUACCCUGCGGGGUCUGCGGCCCUUCAUGACCAUCAGACUGAGGCUGCUACUGUCCAACCCUGAGGGCCGGAUGGAGAGUGAGGAGUUGGUGGUUCAGACUGAGGAGGAUGUUCCAGGAGCUGUUCCUCUGGAGUCCAUCCAAGGAGGACCCUUUGAGGAGAAGAUCUAUAUCCAGUGGAAACCUCCCAAUGAGACCAAUGGGGUCAUCACACUCUAUGAGAUUAAUUACAAGGCUGUUGGCUCACUGGAUCCAAGUGCUGACCUGUCCAGCCAGAGGGGGAAAGUGUUCAAACUCCGGAAUGAAACCCAUCACCUCUUUGUGGGUCUGUACCCUGGGACUACCUACUCUUUCACCAUCAAGGCCAGCACAGCCAAGGGCUUUGGACCCCCAGUCACCACUCGGAUUGCCACCAAGAUUUCAGCUCCAUCAAUGCCCGAAUAUGAUGCAGAUAGCCCACUCAAUGAAACAGAUACGACCAUCACAGUGAUGCUCAAACCUGCCCAGUCCCGGGGAGCCCCUGUCAGCGUUUACCAGUUGGUUGUCAAGGAGGAGCGACUUCAGAAGUCUCGGAGAGCAGCUGACAUCAUCGAGUGUUUCUCAGUGCCCGUGAGCUACCGGAAUGCCUCCAACCUCGAUUCUCUACACUACUUUGCUGCUGAGCUGAAGCCCUCCAAUCUGCCUGUCACCCAGCCCUUCACAGUGGGAGACAACAAGACCUACAAUGGCUACUGGAAUCCACCCCUCUCCCCAUUAAAGAGCUACAGCAUCUACUUCCAGGCUCUCAGCAAAGCAAAUGGAGAGACAAAAAUCAACUGCGUGCGUCUGGCUACAAAAGGUGCUUCCACCCAGAAUUCUAACACUGUGGAGCCCGAGAAGCAGGUCGACAACACAGUGAAGAUGGCUGGUGUGAUUGCUGGCCUCCUCAUGUUCAUCAUAAUUCUACUGGGGGUGAUGCUGACCAUCAAAAGGAGAAGAAAUGCUUAUUCGUACUCCUAUUACUUGAAGCUGGCUAAGAAGCAGAAGGAGACCCAGAGUGGAGCCCAGAGGGAGAUGGGGCCUGUGGCCUCGACUGACAAACCUACCACCAAGCUCAGCACCAACCGCAACGAUGAAGGCUUCUCCUCCAGCUCUCAGGAUGUUAACGGAUUCACAGAUGGCAGCCGUGGAGAGCUGUCUCAGCCCACCCUCACCAUUCAGACUCACCCCUACCGGACUUGCGACCCUGUAGAGAUGAGCUACCCCCGAGACCAGUUCCAGCCCGCCAUCCGGGUAGCAGACCUGCUUCAACACAUCACCCAGAUGAAGAGAGGCCAGGGCUACGGGUUCAAGGAAGAAUAUGAGGCCUUACCAGAGGGACAGACAGCUUCGUGGGACACAGCCAAGGAAGAUGAAAACCGCAAUAAGAAUCGAUAUGGGAACAUCAUAUCUUAUGACCACUCCCGAGUGAGGCUGUUGGUGCUGGAUGGAGACCCUCACUCAGACUACAUCAAUGCCAACUACAUUGAUGGGUACCACCGACCCCGGCACUACAUCGCAACUCAAGGUCCAAUGCAAGAGACCGUGAAGGACUUUUGGAGAAUGAUCUGGCAGGAAAACUCUGCCAGCAUCGUCAUGGUCACAAACCUUGUGGAAGUGGGCAGGGUGAAGUGUGUCCGAUACUGGCCAGAUGACACAGAGGUCUAUGGAGACAUUAAAGUCACCCUAAUAGAAACAGAGCCCCUGGCAGAAUACGUCAUCCGUACCUUCACAGUCCAGAAGAAAGGCUACCAUGAGAUCCGGGAGCUCCGCCUCUUCCACUUCACCAGCUGGCCUGACCAUGGUGUUCCCUGCUAUGCCACUGGCCUUCUGGGCUUUGUCCGCCAGGUCAAGUUCCUCAACCCCCCAGAAGCCGGGCCCAUAGUGGUCCACUGCAGUGCUGGAGCCGGGAGGACUGGCUGCUUCAUUGCCAUUGAUACCAUGCUCGACAUGGCUGAGAAUGAAGGGGUUGUGGACAUCUUCAACUGUGUGCGUGAACUCCGGGCACAGAGGGUCAACCUGGUGCAGACAGAGGAACAGUACGUGUUUGUGCAUGAUGCCAUCCUGGAAGCAUGCCUCUGCGGCAACACGGCCAUCCCCGUGUGCGAGUUCCGCUCUCUCUACUACAACAUCAGCAGGCUGGACCCGCAGACCAACUCCAGCCAGAUCAAAGAUGAGUUUCAGACACUCAACAUCGUGACACCUCGGGUGCGGCCUGAGGACUGCAGCAUUGGGCUCUUGCCCCGGAACCAUGACAAGAACCGGAGCAUGGAUGUCCUGCCUCUGGACCGCUGCCUACCCUUCCUCAUCUCAGUAGAUGGAGAAUCCAGCAACUACAUCAAUGCAGCACUGAUGGAUAGCCACAAGCAGCCCGCCGCCUUUGUGGUCACCCAGCACCCUCUACCCAACACUGUGGCAGACUUCUGGAGGCUGGUGUUUGAUUAUAAUUGUUCAUCUGUGGUGAUGCUGAAUGAGAUGGACACUGCUCAGCUCUGUAUGCAGUACUGGCCCGAGAAGACCUCUGGGUGUUAUGGUCCCAUCCAGGUGGAGUUCGUCUCUGCAGACAUUGAUGAGGACAUCAUCCACAGAAUCUUCCGUAUCUGUAACAUGGCUCGGCCACAGGACGGUUACCGUAUUGUCCAGCACCUCCAGUACAUUGGCUGGCCUGCAUACCGAGACACACCGCCCUCCAAGCGCUCUCUGCUCAAAGCGGUCCGACGGCUGGAGAAAUGGCAGGAGGAAUAUGAUGGAAGAGAGGGUCGCACUGUGGUCCACUGCCUAAACGGGGGAGGCCGCAGCGGAACCUUCUGUGCUAUCUGCAGCGUGUGCGAGAUGAUCCAACAGCAGAACAUCAUCGACGUGUUCCACAUCGUGAAGACCCUCCGCAACAACAAAUCCAACAUGGUGGAGACGCUGGAACAGUAUAAAUUUGUAUAUGAGGUGGCACUGGAAUAUUUAAGUUCUUUUUAGACUGAUUGGAUGGGGAACCCGCCAGAGUUCAGAGGUCGCUGCAGCUGCCCCUCUUUUUCUGUGACUGACAAUGACUGGUCUCAGGAGCUCCAAGGUGACCCACCUGCCCAGCUCCAGGAAGAAGACUGGUUGUGUCAUGCUCGGCAGAAGGCCCUGCAGCUUCUGGGGGGGUCUGUAGCUGUGGGACUUGCCUUCUACACCUGACAGCAUCAGGCCCACAGAAUGCUACCCACAAGCAAGGCCCUGGACUUCCAAUUCCCAGACCCCUUGCUUUUGUUUGUUCUGAGUUUGUUACUCUCAUGGCAAGCUGACCGUGCAGGUGCUGGAGUAUGGGGAGCUGGUCAGCCUUUCCUUACCAUCCUUAGGAGCACUGGGGGUGGAAGUUCCUCUCCAUGCUAUCUUGCAAAAGCAUAGUUUGAGGGAUCACUGAGUUAUUGGUUCCUACAGUCUCCCACUGGGGACUCUGGCAUGAGGCACCUGUCAAUCUGGAUCAGUGCGACUUCUGGAUGCCCCCUAGACCCAGCAGGAAGCCUUUUCAUCUUACAUCUAACCAGUGCUGAGUUUGACUCACUUCCGCCAUCCCCAGCCAGGCCUUGACCUUCUGUAAUCGCCCGGCCAACCUGCUGUGUCUGCAUCACACUUCAGCAAAGGUUUCCUUUGCUUUUCCAUAGUCUGUAGGGGGAGGAGGGCUCACAGGAAAUGUUACAGUACCUCUUCAAUCUUUGUAGAAAGGGCUGCUCUCCUGGGGCAGGGCUCUUGCUGACCUGUACUAGAUGGCACUUUCUGUGAGAAAGACAAACAAGAAAAGCUUUGAGUAUUUUCCCAGGUACAUGUGAAAAGAAACUCUUAUAAGAGUCUAAAAGCCUGUAUUCUCUUAUGUCAAAAAAGAAAACAAAAGGAAAGAAAAGGACAGGAUGGGAGUUUGAAUUGUGGCUGUAAGAUAACUCUCUUGGAUUUAUAUUUCCUGGCCAUACCCUUGAACAGUCCCACUGUAGGAUAACACAGUCAUUGAACAAAUGAAAUGGGACCCCUGGGAUUCGGUCCCUGGUUUGGGGGUGGGGAAAUACAGCAACACCUUUAUAAUUUGUCUCUCCAAAUUUCAACUCUUUCCAAAAAAAAAAAAAAAAUCCAGCAGCCAUUUUGAAAUUGGUUACUGGGGCCCCAGCUUGGUUUAUAAUAUAAUAAGUAGGUUUAGGCCUGGGGCCGAGUCUUGCUCAGAGCAUGAAUAAAUUAAGGGAAGGGAGAGAACAUUUGUGGAGUGUUUCCUGCAAGCCAAGUGCCAUGCUUACCACAUGCUUCCCUGUGACAUCUCACAUAGUCAGUAGCACCCCUAGGGACCCCUAGAGAAUGCUCUCAUCAUCUCCAUUUGGUAACUGAAGAAACCCGAGCACCCUCUUCAGUGAUGGAAUUCUGGGUUCUGAAGGCAGGUAAUGGCAGGAAAACCUUCCUACCAUUUUUCUCAUGCUUUCUUGGCCAAGCAAUUAUUUUUAUGAAACCGAAAUAAGGCUAGAAACUUCAGAGCAGACAGAGAAGUCCAUGAGUAGAAAUUUAAUUCUUUCUUUCUGAUACCAGUUCUUCUUGGUAGCCCAAACUUUCAGAUAUAUUUUAUUAACUCAUUCCCAGGUCCCCAGGAAAGCUAGUCUUACCUAAUUUUAUCAUUGCUAAAAACAAUUCUCAUGCUCCCUCCGGCUACAAGGCAGCCAGCCUGGGAAGCUCUGCAGCCUGGGCUGAGCCACAUUAUCUGACAGCCUUAAUAGCCAGGAGUCUAGGAAGGUCUAUCUUGCAGACUGAUCCAGUCGAGGAGUAUGAGGGACACAGAAUCCAAUAAGGUGCACAUCUUGGCCUUCGGGCCCGCUGUAUUGUAGGGAAGCUGAGACACCUUGUAACAGUUGGAACAUACAAGCAUUCAGUAAGCAUAAAUGGGAGAGUGACUUGCUCUGCCUAGAGCUUCCUAGGCAACAUCCAUUCCAGUCGCGUGUCAACAGAUAGAAAAGAAGGAAAAAGGAAAUUCAAGCCGAGGGGGUCAACAUGCACAAUGGUGAAGACAAGUGAGAAGGUAUCUGCAGGGACAGAUGGUGGCAGGUCAGACCAGAUAGAAGGUAGCAAGGCAGGGAUGGUAGCAGGAAGGUAGCCAGAGCCAGGGAGGAAAUGUAAAGGCCACAGUCACUGCCCUGCAGCAACAGGAAGCUGGCAGAGUUCAAUGGUUAUGCACUCAGCUUAGUUUUGGAGAAGGCUCUCUCUGGACCAUCAGGACAGCCUCUUUUCCUUUCAUCAGACACUGUGAAAACAUCCCCUCAGUGUGUGCUUUUAAUAUGUUGCGUGUGUGUGUGUGUGUGUGUGUGUGUGUGUGUGUGUGUGUGUGUGUGUAUGCUCAUUAUUUUGUUGCUGGAACAAAAUAUGGAGUGAAUCAUGAGAUGGAACUCUUGUGUAUAACCCAGCAUCUCUGUUCUACCAUGGAGCAGGGUCAACGACCUUGACCUCUAAGCCUACAAGGACAGGAUAUGAAAGGAAAUCAGGCAGCCAGCUCCCAUUUGUGUGAACCCAGGAACUGCCUAGAAGUCUAAGAACACCAGAGUUGAUCAAGGAAGGCUGUCACUUUGGUGGUUCAAAAGGAACGUGUCAAAGAAAAGGCAAGCAAAGGAAUCCCAUGAGUAACUAUUCUCCUUUGAUGGGCCUCUUCCCAGGUAUAUUUGAGCAUAGCCCCAGGCCCCACUGGUCCUUCUGGGUUCCUAUGGCUCUAGUCUCCUAUCACUGAAUGGACUUCCCUGUAGCCUUCAGGAGUCUGUAGCAUAGCCAUAGCCAUUCAGCCUGCCGCAUGCUAUUUCUUCAGAUCUUAGCCAAUUCCAACAGAGAGGGAGUGGAGGGGAGAGGAUAAACUACAAAUCCUAGGAUUCAUUCUGCUGAGGAAGGAGCUGAAGAGCUGACAGAUAAAGAUGACAGUGGUCACUGUCCUUAUGAAUAGUGAGAAAUUAAAGAAUAAUUCCAGGGGAAAGGAAAUAUAUGAAAAUUCAGGCCAUGCUGGGGGAAGUCACCAAGGGCUAAUUCAUACCUUAUUUUCUCACAAUCCAAGUAUUCUUAGAGAAAGUGGUCUUAAAACAGUGCAUACAAGAAGAAAGUAGGGAAAUGACAGUCUUCAGAUCCCUGUGGAGGACAUGCAGAAGACCUUUGAUGACAUAGGAAAUGGUCCUAAGGAAUUUAGAUGAUAUUUUCCCCAAGAAAUCUCCCAAGAAAACCCACCUUCCAAGCGUCUUUUCUCAGCCAACCUACUUAUAGGAUGGGCUCAUUUUGACAGGAGCAAAUGAAGGUUGUCAAAGUGAAUCCUCACUUAGGUACUGUCUUCCUGUUGGUCUCCAGUGGAACCCAAAGGGAGAAGGGAGAAGGUAUAAAUGAGAUACUGUGAACUGCCCCACUUAGGUGUGUUUAUGGCCUAGAUGGCUUCAGGUCAGAUCACAGCUACAUCUCAACCUUGUGUUCUUUUACCCCUACUGAUAUGAUUACCAUAGAUGAGGUAUGGGCCUGUGAGCUUCUAGACAGCCACAGCAGGCCCCUCUUAUAGGAAUGGAAGAGUCUGCUUGCUUCAGGUGUUUCUCAGUGGGAGCGUUAGCAAUUAAAGACCAGCCAUCUGUCACCUACUCCAUGGAACUACUGUUCCAGUGCUGUGGACUCUAAAACAUGAGCUCCCUCUUCCACAUUCUUGAAAUACUUGUGAUUAUGGCCAGCACUAUUUUAAUGGUGAGUAAAUGGAUCCAGAGGAAGAACGCACUCGCCCAGUUAAGCAAACUUGACCUGGUUUUCUGACCACAGAGACAAAAUUCUCCCACCAUAGUAUCUGAGAUUUUUUUUUCCCCACAAGAUUACUCUUAGCAACAGAGAAAAGAGCAAAACUAAUGACUCAGUAGAUAUCAGUAAAGCCCAGUGCAGACAAUGAUAAGUUUCAAAUUCCUCUGGAGCCUCACGUUUUACAUCCAUGAUCUAUUUAGAUUCCAUUUUCUAAUUUAUUCUUAGUAGUUUAAAUAUGUCUGCAUAAAUCUAUUUUGAAAUCUGUCCUUUAUCUCAUGCUUCUCUCUGAUUGAUCUUAGGGAAUAUCUCUGACCAAGGCAUAAUGUCUAGCCAAGUUCCUCCUCCUGAGGUCAAUUCUAAGCUCACGUUCACGUUCACACCAACUUACAUUCCCUUGGGCACAUGUGUUGCUAUGGAGGUAUCCUGACUGUACUGCUCCUGAGGCUUAGCUUAGGGAGGUUUCCACAAUGUACCCACUAACAGACUAGAAGAAUAACUUACCUGGAUGGCACGGUAAAGGUUGAGUCCCCAAAACCCUAGGAGCAAAGGAGAAGAAGCCAGGUGCAGAUUUACUCAGAAGAUCCACGAAUGCUGAACAAUGUCUCUAUAGAUUUCUAUGGCUUCUGAUGUGGGAAAAUCUUAGGACACACGUGAUGAAUCUUAAACACCCUUCCCUUCACAUGGCUCGACACAAGCCCUGGCUUCCUGUAGCAUUCAGCACUCCAGACAGGUACUACUAAGAAGUGCAGACUACUCUGGCUUGGUACCCCAGGGUGAGUAGGAUAAGAACUUGCCGUUUGUCUUGAACUCUGACUUUACCAUUUCUGGAAUGUAAAAUGUCAGGCUGAACACGGCACGGAAAAGGAAACAUACACACAACCUCUUUGGCCAGGUUUAAAGGGGUUAAUCUGAAAGGCUAGGGCAGGGAAACAAGAAUUCAAAUUGAAACUCAACGUUUACUCAGAAACAAGGAUGCUUAUGGAGUGACUGUUGAUCUCAGUAAUAAAUGCUAUGGGGAAAGUUUAAAGAAAGCCACCCCUCUUUAGCCUGUAGCUGGCCACCCCUGCCAACCAAACAGGCCUUCGGGACCAAGCUAAAGCAUGCUCAAUACUGUAGAAGAUAUGUCUAGAUCCAAUACUAAACAUGCUGAUCCUAUACCACAAGGUCAAUGAAUUAUUCUGAGCCAAGAUCCCUAAGAAUGAGUCGCCAACCCAAACUAAAAGACAAGUCAAAUGAUAAAACAGAAAUAGCAGUGUCCUCUCUAAGCCUUGAUUUGCCUUUCUUUGCAAUUGACCAGUCAACGUGAGGGCCUCUAUAGCAUCCUGCCAGUUCCAACUCACAGCCAAAUAGAACAGAAAAAUAGGGGAAAUUCAGCCACAGACAACCGGGACUCAAUCUUGUUUGCAUACUGCUCUGUACAGGUUUCCUGUGUGAGGUUGUCCCUAGAUACCUCUCAAAAACUAUGAAACGCAGAGGCCUCCCUUUACUGACUGUGGAGUCACCUUUGAAAUUCUACCCUUCCAGAGAGAGAGAGAGAGAGAGAGAGAGAGAGAGGGGUGGACAGUAGAAAGUUGGGGAGGAAGAGAAUAGUUCUAAAUCGUGUUUUCUCUGACAUAUUUUAGAGUCAUGGAGCUGAUAUCCUCGGAAACACAGCACAAAUGUCUCUGACAUAUUUGCAUACGAAUAAGCUCUUUCAGUUUCUUGGUAACCACAGAUAGAUUUUUGUAUGACAGUAGCUAUGUAAAUGUAUUGUGGAGACCAAGAACCAUUUCUUGACUAUCCCUGCCAACCUCUAGAUGAGGUGGAAAAGCUCUUAAAGGGGCCACAUUCACCCCUGAAAUCCAUUCAUAUUAGUGUCCAACAGGUGGAGUCAGUACCCACAUUCAUACCCUGCCCCAGACCUGGCAUCACUUUAUCUAGCAUGGAUACACCUAAAAGCUUAGUAGUGGUGCACUGCAGCUGGUACAGAGGAUGGGCAAGAAUUGGGUGGGGAGACAACCUACUAGAAAGGACUUCGGAAGGUGCUUAACCAUGGGGCUUCCUUCUAGAUCUGAGAGCCACUCUAGGUGGUAAAAUGCUGACCCUGGUUCUUUGUUGGAAUGUUUAGAGAAUGACGUGUAGGAGUCUUAGAAUACUGGACAGCAAAGUGAUGGACUGAGACCUGGGCAUUCAGGGGAUCUAAUGUAGGUUGUGAUUCUUCAGUGAGACCCAUUUCUAGGGCUUCCAUGAGCAGAAUUGGAACAGUCUAGAAAAAACUUAAGUCUCCUAGAGGCACAGGCAGAAGACUGGCAUCCAUCGUCAUCUUAAGCCUGUGGAUGAUAAGACAGAGUCGAGCAUAGUUUUGCUACCGUGGUUACUCCUAUGAGUGGUGCUAAGGUGGAUGAGGAAACUUAGUACCUGUAAGAAAGAGCUGACUGCUGGGCAGGAAGCUGCCUGUUUGAGUAGCUGCCCAGCAGACAUCAGGCAUCCCCAUCUCCUGGCCUAUGUGAAGAAGCAGCACAGCUGAGGUAGACUUCAGGCCUCUCUCACUUUUAGUGGAUGAGUCUUUGAACAUGAAAGUCACAUUUGAACUGGUACCUCCAAACUGCAAGCCAAGUCGGUAGGUCGUGCUUGGUUUGUGAGGCGGUAGUCCUCUGUUUUCCUAAACAAAUCAUCUCCUUAUAUCAAUCAAAAAGCAGCUUCAUCUGCAUCUCCUAGCCUUAUCCAGGAUAGUUAGCACCAGUCACAGGAAGCAGCUCCUUGUCCAUACAUGUGAUGCUUAGUGCCAUAACUGACAAGGGCAGCCAAUGCCCACACUCACUGGCCAUCAGGGCCCUCAAUGACAGACAGAACCAAUAAACAUCCAGGCAGGAGUCAAAACAAGCCUUCACUUCAUGUUAUCUCCAAAGUUUCAUUCAGCCCUCACUCAAGGUCUGUAGGAAAAGAUUUCAAAAGCACAGUGAUUCUGUUGACACCUGAUCACAAUCGUUCCCAGUACAUAUAUUUUAUCACCAACUGGUUCUUGGGCUAGCCGAAGUUAGCCUAGGCUAACUCAUAUUUGUAAUCAGGCUCAAAAAUCAUAUUCUAUCUUUUCUCCUCACUCUAACUCCCGGUAGUCAAUUAAAGGUACAGUUCCCAUGGCUACUGGAUACUGUACUGGUACAGCUCUCCAGGACCUCUCAUGGCAUUCCCAGUCUACACUAGGGAAUCUGACAUUUUCAUUUCCCAGUGGCAUAUGAUGUCACAUGAGACCCAAGUAUCCGCACUACCCGAAGUCUCCACAAAUUCCAAUGGCCUGCACUUGUACAGUUUGGGUUUUUGAUAGAUAAAGCACGUAUGAGAAGAGAAAACAAAAUAAAUCAACUUCAGCAGAAAGAAAGCCAGCACUGUGCUGUCAAUGUUUUUUUUUUCCCUUUCCCUUUUUAUUUCCAGUUCUAGCUUCAAAAAGCAGAAGGUAAAUAAUGUCAGGUCAAUGAAUAUCAGAUAUAUUUUUUGACUGUACAUUAAAGUGACGUGUAAUCUUUUUACACCUGCAAGUCCAUCUUAUUUAUUCUUGUAAAUGUUCCCUGACAAUGUUUGUAAUAUGGCUGUGUUUAAAAGAAAUCUAUACAAUAAAGCUGUGACCCUGAGA